AUGCAGGCAUUCGAUAUUGAGUCUCUGAUUGGCAAUAAGGUAAUUUUUAAUGAUUUCUGAGUGUCAGUAUUGAGAUGAAUAGAGCAACAAUAGGGAUGUUCGAAGAAUAUACUUCUGGGUGUCCAUUUGAAGUUACAUUUCUAAGUGCCUCAUGCUCAAGUCUCCACGUCCAUUUGCAUUAAACAUUUCUGUCAUUUCUCGUUUCCAAGGAGCCGUUCUUUUUCGAAAUCUUACUAGGCACCUCGGUUCGAGAAGAACCAGAGAGCAUUUUCUUUGUUUUUCCAAACAUAACCUCUAUGGCCCGAAAAAUUGUGUUUGAAAACUUUACUGUUUCGAAACUCCGAGUUAUAGAAAGUCUAUGUCCAUUUUAAGAGCAAAUUUUCCGAAUUCCCGUAAUGCUUUCAUUCUCCGUGUCAAAGUUGCAUUAAGAACCUCACUCUUUCAAUUAUAAAAACAGCAACUAUUCUCAUCUGCUUUUAUUUUCUUUUCGAACGGUUCAUUAGCAACUUUUUAAAUUCCAACAGAAUCGAGAGCAUGUGAGAUCUUUCAAACCAUUUCCCGAAAGUUACAUCCCCUCAAUGUCAAGACAUCACUAAUUUCUAACAAGCUCUAUCAGAAUUCCUUGCAGGUGCCCUCUCUGGUCUCCGAAAUGGUGCAACUUCCCGCCCGUUCCUCCUCAUUCUCGCCUUCGGCUUUCGACGAGAUGGGAGCAGUUGCGGCAGCGGCAGCCGCCGGCCGUCAUCAUCCGUAUGGUAAGAAAAAUGGCGACAUAAUUAUUCAGAUCUUCGAAGCUAAUUUGACCCCCAUCGCCCCAUCUAAGGAGGGGACUGGCAAAAUGACAAAUGAGGGAGAUUGAUGUCCUGGAUUGGUGGAAGCUGGGGGGAAAUGCACAUUGAGCACCUAUUAGGAUGACACGCUUCGCAGGGGCCUAUUCAGGUUUUAUUAGCGGUUGCGGGUGAUGGACACGAGGAUCCGUGCCAGGGGUUAUUCUCCUGCUCCUUCUCCGCAAUUAUCGGCAAUCUGAAAUAAUGAUGCCGCCAAUCAUAAAAUUGUGUUGAGGGUGUUGCGGUUUGUUAUCCAGCUAUUAUAUCGUAAAUGUUCUCUUUUGUUUUACAACACUCUCUCCCUCCUUACCUGUCGCGUGGAGUACUGUAGCAUUUACAAUCAGUGGUCAAUUAUGUUGCGAAGGGGUUAUCGUCACUGAUAGAGUCUCUUCUCUCGUUGAGACGAAACGUGUUUCGGGUCGCUCGCCACCUCAUAAAAAAGCUCUAACCCAAUUGAUACUGACACCUCCGAUCCCCCGAGGGUGUCUUAGAGGCCCAAUCGCCCUAAUGUUGCCAUAUACGCUCUAAUUGGUGUUGCGUGUCCGGGGCACCAAACCUGGCCGCUCAUAAAAUUGCAACUGAGCCAAUUAUCUAAUGAAAGAACAGAAGAACAGAAGCCUAUCGGAGGGAGGGGGGGAAAAGCAGUAUUAUGUUUUUCACAAUUUCAUCAUUCAAUUUCCAUCGCAAAUUAGUGUCUCUCCGUGUUUUUCAUUAUUGUUAUUAGCGCCCAACCGGAAACAGGAGACGAGGAAAAUGACGGGUCUUUCAUUGCAGAUAACCGCGACGACGGACAGAUGCGACGCUAUCGCACCGCAUUUUCCAGGGAGCAGAUCGGACGGUUGGAGAGGGAAUUCGCCAAAGAGAACUAUGUGAGCAGGAAGACACGUGGCGAGUUGGCUUCCGAGUUGAAUUUGCCAGAAGGCACCAUUAAGGUGGGUUUUGGGAGUGAGCACCGUAGUCGCCGCCUUUUCUUUGACUGUUUUUCUUUCCAUCCAAUUCAAUUCCUCCGAGACCAACAGCUCCAUAAUGCGUUACCGUAUGCCCGAGAGUGUCUUCGAACUCAAAUCAUUUCCCAUGACAUACAUGCGGGGCCCGCUUCAAACAUAUACAUAUCAAUCUCUCUUGAAAAAUGAAAAGCCGUAGCCUUCCUUCUCUGUGUGUCUCGGAAGAUGCCGCCCGGGGCGCCAUGAGUGAUUUCGGAGCAUUAUACUGGGGACGCUAAUUCCCACUGGCACACUUGAGUCGUCUCGCUCUUGUUCGUGCGCAAUCAAUUACACAUUUAGAACAACUUUGCAGGUUUGGUUUCAAAACCGUCGAAUGAAGGAUAAGCGUCAGAGGAUCGGCGGGCUGGGAUGGCCGUUUCCGCCGCAGAUGGCCGCCUACAUGCUCAAUCCGUUCGCCUAUGAAAUGUGGAUGAAAACCGCGGCUUCACAGUUCGGAGGUGCUCCGUAUCCAGGAGCGAACAAUGGAAGGUAAAUAGGUUAUUAGACAAGGUCUGGAUAUUACACAAAACUUUUCAGCCCGACGAUGCCGCCGUCUUCUGUAGCCGCUCCUCCGCCCUUCAUGCUCCCGCCCGGAUUUCCUCCGAUCAUGCCCAAUGCCGCCGUACCCACUUCCCCCUCAUCGCCCCACUCUGACGACUCGUCAAAGUCAAAACAGACGUCGAGCGAUGACGAUGACACAAAACCUGUGAACUUUUCCAACAGUAGUCCAUCGUCGAGCUCUCCAUCUCCAUACUCUACAGACUAA